AUGUACCAGGAUAGGUUUUUCAAUAACAAGAACACAGUAUCUCGUCAAAAAACUCUUAUUUCAGAAAGUCAUCAAGAUACUGUAAAUAAUUACUGUUUACAAAAUAUUGAAAAUAUGUUUAUACUUAAUAUUGAUGAUUAUCAUAAUCAUAUUCAUCGAAGAAAUCAACCAACUUUAUUAAAAACACAUGAUAUUAAUCAUUUUGUAACAAUAUUAUUAAAUUCAAAUCCUAAUAUACCUAAAAUACCUUUUUAUUCAUUAAAUAAUAUUUCAAUUCAUUUUCCUAAAGGUAUUGACUUUAAAUUAAUUAUAAAUUAUAUUGAUAAUUAUGAUGGGCGUAUUCAAAAUCAACAGGAAUUAAGAUCAAUGAAAAAUAGUAAACUAAUAGAUUUUAUUUUGCAUCCUUUGCAUAAUGCAAAAGAUUAUAUUGAAUCUGCAAAUAUUUUAUUUACAACAUUUGAAAAAAUAGAACAAGAAGAUUAUUUAAACAAUUUUAUAAUUCCUACAAUUUGUGAUUGGCCUGGUCAAAUAAAUUUAAGAAGAGCUAUUACACUAAGACUUAAUAAAAAAGAUAAUUCUAGAAUUCCAUCUCAAAUAUUAAGUUUAAUUCCUAUGAUUGGACCACUUCAUGUUUCUUUAAAUAGUAGAGAAACAUUAUUUCAAAUAUAUCAUUUUUUCUUUGAAAUGCCAAGACUUAUUGAUCUUAUAUUAAAUCUUACUUUUUAUGGAUGGAAAAAUAUUCGUAAUUUAAUUAUAAAUCAUUUUGGAAACACAAAAGAUAUAGAAUAUUUAACAAUGAUAGAUUUAUUAGAUAAUUCUUUACACCUUACAUUAGAAAUAUAUGCAAAACUUUUUAAAUGUGGAUUUUAUGAAGGAUAUCUAGAAACACCACUUAUAUUUUUAAGUGAUGUAUUUUAUUGGACAUUAAAUGAGCAUCCAAUUAUUGAUAUUUUAAAAAGUCAUUUACCAAUUUUUAAUGACUAUUUUGUUGAAAAUUUUCAUAGCUCUCUUAGAUAUCAAACUGUUGAGUCAAAUUCAGAUAAACAAAUUAUUCAAAAGGCAAAAAUUAUUGAUAUUGAAAGAAAUGAUAAAGGGUUUAAAGAUGCAUUUGUCAAUACAAGAAAUACAAAUAUUUCAAAAGUUAAGUUAAUAUCUUUAGAAAAAAAGGUUUCAUUAUUUUUACUAUCACUUUUUGAUAAGAUUUAUCAUAAUAUUGGAAGAACAAAAAAUAAUGGUAAUGAAACAUUUGAAUUUCCAAGUUUUAAUAAUAGAAUUGUGAAUGUAAAAGUUCUUCCUCUAGCUUGGAGUACUUCAAAUCCACCAGCUGAAGAUAAAUUUUGUGAUGCAGAUAAUUGUAAUAUUACAAAUUCAUUAUCAAAUAUUGUUUUAAUAUGUGGGCAUAGCUAUCAUAAAGAAUGUUUAAGUAUACUUAAUGAAAAAUGUAAAUAUUGCUUUAAUUAUUUGUCAAGAAGUAUUAAAACAAAUAUUACUAAUUUAAAUAAAAGAUUGUCUAAGCCAUUAAAGGAUAAUGAAAUACCUGAAAUUACAAAAGAUGAUGAUUUAGAUGACAGAACAAGAUAUGGAUAA